CUUUCCUCCCCCAACUUCCAAACACAGCGUUUUAUGUCCUCAGACUCCCUUCCACUCUUCCAAUGAGGAAGAUGCGUCGAAUGGCAGCUGUUGCAGUGAUCUCUAACCCUAGAAGCAAUGAUCUCUAACCCUAGAAUGGCUUACAAUUAAUGAAGAAAAGGUAUAUUCUUUAAAUGCGGUUACAAAGCGGAUGUCGCUACCUUCAACACUCUAAUAAACAGGUAUAUUUUACAACACUUGUGAUGCUGUGAAAUUGUUCCUAAGGUUGAUAAAAGAUUGAGAUUUCCUACCUAAUGAGGUUACUUAUGCGACCAUCAUAAAUGGGCUUUGUAAACUUGAAAACACUACAAUAGCUAUACAGUUGGUCAGUAGUAUGCAAAACUGGAACUUUAAGUCUACUGUUGUGAUGUAUAGCACAAUCAUCGACAGACCUUUGUAACGAUGGAAAGGUGGAUAAUGCGUUGAGCCUUUUGUCUGAGAUGAGAGAGUGGGAUGUUAUGCCAAAUGUGGUAACCUAUAACUCUUUGGUUGAUGGGUUAUGCAAAACAGGUCGACAAAUGGAUGCCACAAGAAUGUUGAGAGACAUGAUAGUGCAAAAUAUAUUUGGUAAUGUUAUAACAUAUAAUAUUUUGGUAGAUGCACAUUAUAAAGAGGGAAAGACUAAAGAAGCACAGAAAAAUACUUGCAAUCAUGAUUCGAAGGGUAAGGAACCCAAUGUAGUCACUUACAGUGCACUUAUGGACGCGCGGUUAAUGUUGGCAAGGACACAUGGACAAAGUAAAAGAAGUGUUCAACUCCCAAGUGGACAAGGUGUUAGUAAUUUAUUUUAAUCAACAGGUAUCUGUAAUCUUAACGUGUGGAAAUUAUUAAGUAUUUAAUAUCAUGGAGCUCGUAAUAUAAUUGAGAUAAGGACGGAAGUGCAAUUAUAAUUUUGUAGUGGAGUGAAUUAUAAUUAGUGAAAUAAGAAAUAGAAUCCUAGUGGGAUUAGGUUUUUUUAUUUACACUAGGAGCCUAGACUUAUUACUCCUUAGGUCCCUAUCGUAGCCCUAUAUAUACAUGUUAUGCUCUCUAGGUCAGAUUGAUGUUUUUUUUUCUAUUAUUCAAUAAAUAGAGGCAGGCUUAGAGAGAGCAAAUAGAUCACGAAAGAGUCCACACUCAGUUUGUGUUCUAGACAUACAAGGAAUAUGAUAGAAGAUCGUAAGGUACGGUCGAGCAGUAUUUGUGGUUUAUAGCAAGGCGUGCUAUAACAAGUUCAACCAGCAUUCGUGUCGCAGGGAGUUGAGAUAGAACCCUAAUUCCGCCUUGUAGGAUUUUACAAUUUUUGUUGUCUAAUCUGUACGCGUCAUUACUAGGUCUUGGGGAUUCAGUUUCCCAAUAGUGGUAUCAAAGCAGGCUGUAAUCGCGCGUAUGGAUUAAACAUACCAUGUUGUCUGUAGAUUAUAGAGGGUAGAACAUAGAACUGUGCUAACCCUUGUUUUGUAGCAUUCUUACCCAGCUAUUAUGAUCACAUCUUUUUUUGUUGAUUUUGUGUGAUUGGAUCCCACGAUAAUUUUUUCGUGGUUAUUGUUAUUUAUUGGGUACCACAAUUAUUUUUCGUGAUUGUAAUAAUUAACGUAGCAUGUGUUAUUUAUUGGGUGCCAUGAUUAUUUUUCGUGGUUGUAAUAAUUAACGUAGCAUGUGAACUCCAUUGGAGGCAUAAGAUCGAUGUUUGUAUGUUUCUUCGAUUGUAAUAGCAUUCGACAGUUAUUCGGAGAUCGAAGAUGGUAAAUACAAAAGAUACAAGUUGUUUGGCUCGCAACAGAUUUUUUUCCAGAUUCGUGGGGUCUAAUUGCAGGGCUGUUUCGACCCAGUAAGUAUUAGAAUUAGAAAAUCUGUUCUUCACGAAAGUUGUAGAUAAUUGAAUUUUGAAUCCAACCCAAUUUGAAUCACUUAAAUUGAAGGUCAGAUGAGGAAGAUAUGGUCAAAAUACUGAAGGCUGUGAGUUUACGCGGGAAUAUGUCAAAUCCGAAUUUUCUUGCCUAAGCACAGUUGGAUUUUGGUUUUCUUGGUUGAUUCAAAUUAUCUCAGCCUUCCACACAAGUAUAGCUGAAGAAUUUCAAGUUUGGAAAGAUUGCUUAAGGAUUUCAAGUUUAGAAGGAUUCCUUGUUGUUCAAGGAUUGCAUCUUUGACCAUAAUAGCUGGAUUCUUUAUCUUGUGUUUCCUUAUUAUUUUUGUUUCCAUAUUGUUUGCAUAUGUGAUAGUUUACCAUAUUGGGACAACAUGGUAAUAUAUAGCCUUUGACCUAGAUCACGUUUUUUUUUUCAAACUCAAAAAUUUUGAUAACCCUCACAAAUUUUUUUUUUUAAAUAACUAAGUGGGAGAUGGAGUUUAUUUUUAUAAAUCCCACAGUUUCCAUUGCUAGUAUGUAGAUGAUGUAAUUAAUUUUGUGUGAUGGUUUUAGAACCUUCCCCCCUCAUCAGGCAAAAUUAAUUAUGGCCUCAUCGGUACAAACUUCCUUAAAGGAUAGGUCUAUGAUAAUUGUUGUGUGAAUUACUUCUCCGUCAGAGGUAAUUCAUAACGGAACAAUGGGUUAUGGGGCUAGGUAAUGGUAUACACUUAGCUGUAAAUAAUAGUAUCCUCACCAUCUGAGUCACUAUUAUUAUUUAUAGGGCCAAAGCUAUAUUGGCUAUUUAAUUUUGCUUGGCAUGGUAUAGUGUCUAGAUAAUAAAAUUAAAAGGUUGUGCCUAUCUACACAAAUGAUAAAGAGUAGAGGACUUCCCAUCGAGGCAUGCUCUACAUGGUGUGUAAGGUUGCCAAUGUUUUUCUUUUAACAUAUGGAAGAGGGAACCAAUAUUAAAAUGAAAUUCAAAGUUUUUAUUGCCCUUCAUAAUUGAUUGUUAUAUUAUUUUAUUCUCAGAUUCAAAAAAUGGGCUCUUUCAAUCCACUUGCCAUUAUUCUCAAAGAAAAUAAACUUACUGGACCAAAUUAUGUUGACUGGAAAAGAAACUUGGAUAUUGUGUUAACUGCCGAGGGCCACAAAUAUGUGUUAUCUACGGCGUGCCCUCCUAUACGUGAAGAGAAUGCCACAGAACAGGAAGCAAAGCCUUAUAAAGAUUGGGUUAAGGCUGAUGAGAUGGCGCGGUGUUAUAUUCUGGCUUCUAUGUCGAAUAUAUUGCAACAUCAGCAUCAAGCUAUGGAAAUUGCUUCCGAUAUGAUGGUGAACCUCAAAGAAAUGUUUAGGGAUCAGAAUCGGACAGCAAUGCUAGUUUCUAUGAAAGAAUUUGUGAGCAUCACCCAUGUUGAAGGGACCCCGAUUAGGGAUUAUGUUCUAAAGAUGAUAGCUCUUCUUAAUGAACUAGAGAUCUUUGGAGCCGAAAUUGAUGGGGAAACCCAGAUCGAUUUCGUUCUUAACUCGUUGCAAUUUGAGAGUUUUAAGCAGUUUCGCCUGACUUAUUCUAUGAACAAAAUGCAUUUAUCUUUGGCGGAACUUCUUAAGAAACUCCAAGCAGCUUAGGGUCUUUUGGUUGUGAAGAAACCACCAUCAGUGUUAGUGACAGAGAAUGCUUCUACUUCUAAGCUGAAAGGAAAGAAGAAGCAGAACAAGUCUCAGAAAAAAGGUUGUGGAGGGAGUUCAUGCGCCUCAAGGUAGAGUAAAAAAGCCUGCUGGCAAGUGUUUUCACUAUAAGCAGCAAGAACACUGGAAGAAGGAAUGUCUAUUCUAUCUCAAUAAAAUGAAUAAUCAAGAUAGAUCUUUUCGCUAGUCGUUGAAUCAUGUUUAGUGGUGUUAUCUACUAGUACCUGGUGUGUAGAUAUGGGAGCCACUAAUCAUAUCUGCAAUUUGUUGCAUAGGUUCCAGGAAACCAGAAGACUCAGUAAUGGGGAGAUUUAUCUACAUAUGGAAAAUGCUACGAGAGUGGCAGCAGUUGCAGUAGGAAAUGUUUUUUUUUUAAUUUUAGUAGUAAUAGGAGUUUAAUUUUAAGAGAUUGUCUUUAUGUUCUCACACUUAGAAGAAACUUGUUUUCAAUUUCUAAGUUGAUUAAAGAUGGAUAUUUGAUUUAUUUUAGUAACUUUGUGGUUAUUAAGUUAAAUAAACAUCUUAUCUGUUA